CAAUAGCAUACUACCGCGCUAAUUGCAGACGAUAAUAUACCAAUUUCGACUUCAGUGUAAUAUUGAACAUUCAACUGUACGGUUCAUGUUUUACUUUAUAAACCGCAAAACCAGUGUGACAUUAUGUUUGGACUGAUAUUCGUAUUAAAUUAUUGAACAUUCGUAUAAAAUAUUUUCAGUGAUUGUUUUAUUAUUUUGGAUUAUAAAUACGAAAUUGGUUUUGUUUUUAUUGGUAGUGCUAUGGCGCAUGUUACAUCAGGGUCACUGCACAUUGCGCAAGGGUCAUCAAUACAAUACCGGGGAGUUUAAGUAAAAGAAAGGAGAGUGAAAAAGUGUGUCUAAAAUGUCAAGAAGGAAACAAUCUAAUCCUAAGCCAUUCAAAAGGCCAGAAGAUGAAGAUGAUGACAGUGAGGCUGCAUCAAAAGUAGACCAAUCAGAAGACUUGAAAGAAAUGGAGGGUAACCAAUCAGAAAGUUCCUUGCACAGCGAUUCAGAAAAUGAACAAAUGGACAUAGAGAGUGAUGAAAUCAAAAGGGAAGUAACUUCGCCAGUUCAAAUCAAAAGGGAGGUAACUGAUGAUAUUGAAAAUAACUAUCAGGUAACUGAAAAUAAACCUAAAUAUGGAGAAAUGUCCCCAAGGCGGCAGGAAGUGAUGAAAAGACUUAACUUUCCUGCAGAUUUGUUGACACUAAGACAGGUUGAUGAAUCAGAGUUUUUACAAACUGGAAUUCCAUGGUCAGUGAUUUCUGUGGCGUCAUUACCUAAAGGGAGCACUGUCGGACCUUAUCAAGGGGAGACAGUGGCCCUAAGUUCCAUCAAACCAGGGGAGCUUGUACUACAGUUUGAAGGCAGCGACGGAGAAUUCUCGUUCAUCAAGGUCACAGAGUCAUAUGGUGCUUGGUUAUCGUUACUGAGGCCCGCUGAUCACGCCAAUACCCAUAAUACACAGGUGGUCUUUGAAGAGGGAAAAAUUUGGUGUGAAAUUGUUGAAGAUUUGGAUCAAGGGACAGAACUCUUAGCGUCUUUCACUACAAGUGAGGAAGAGUCGUCCCACACAGGGAGAGAGAAAUUAACUGGUGAAAAAAGUGAGGCCCAAAUAAGGGAAACUAGAACUACACAGGUUGCAUUAAAGAAACCAGAAUCCAAGACAGUCCCUCACAUUACCCCUCAGCCAGCUUUGAUAUAUGGCUGUCCGUUCUGUGGAGUAAGGUUUUCUAGUCGCCGCACGCUGGAAGCCCAUUUGACGUACUAUUGUUCAAAGAAGCCGCCGGAUUUUGUGAGCCUACAGGAGUUACAUCAACAACUACAGCAGCAGGCACGGACAUUGCUGGAAAAACAGGCCGAACAAGCAGACGACGAAUCAGGUCCGAAUGCAAGCCAGGCAUCAAAAGUUGAUCAGUUUUCACCACAAAGUACCAGAAGAUCUGUUGAAUUAAAAUCUGGAAGCCCAUCAGAGAAAAAUAUCACAGAUUCAGAAGAAAACAAAAGAAAAUCUCCAAAAUCUGGUGACCACUACAAGUGUAAAUUGUGUAAUUUCACGACUGAUCAGGUCUCAAGUCUGAGACUUCACCAGCAGACACACUCUGCAGACACAGCUGCCGGGUCAGAGCGUCUGUCUGUGUCACCCGUCUGCCAACAGGAGACAUUUUGCAAGGAAUGCAAAAUUCAGUUUUCCUCAGUAAGCACUUACCGAGGGCAUAAGGAAUUUUAUUGUCAGUAUCGUCUAACUGGAAGCCAGACUAAUAGCGAAGAAAACAUCAGUGAGUUGGCAUCUCCGGCAUCAAGGGAGUCGAGCUUCGAUUUAACACUGAAAAUGUUACAAUCACAACGUCUAGUCUUGGAUGGGAAAAGUCAGUUACUAGGAGCCAAAGGGCAGCUACACCCAGCAUUAUUGGCAGCCAAUCCACUACUUGCCUCACCUUUAUUUCUUCAGGACUUGUUUUUAAAGAGUAAACACUCUGAGGAAGCAGAGAAAUUAAAGAAGACUACGUCACUAAUGACAAGUCCCGUUUCUAACACUGAAACCUCUACAAAACCACGGUCCGAUGAUGAACCUUUGGAUCUUAGUAAAUCAAAGUCGAAUAAAGACAGUGAACCAGGCUGUGAAAGUUCUGUAAAACAUGAACGAGGCAGUCCACAUGAACAGGACAGCCCCCCUGCAAAGAAAAUGAGACUUAGUGAAGAGAAAGUAGCCGAUCAGUCUGUUCCAAGUACCAAAACUCCUCUCAACAUUCCAUCCUUACAUUCUUCAUUGUUGCUAGGCAACCAGGUUCAGUAUGUGAAUAAAAAACCAAUUCCUCCACUUCAGUCGGUCAGCAGAUGUGUUGAAUGUAACAUUGUGUUUUAUAAACAUGAGAACUAUCUUAUACAUAAAGAGCAUUAUUGCUCCGGCAGACGUGGAAAUAAGGAUUCCAUGUCCUCUGAUUCUGAAAACGGAGAACAGGAAAUGAAAAAUACCGAACCAUCGGAACGAUCAAAAUCUAUAAAUAGCACAGAAACAGUAUCGAAACAGAAGAACGAUGUGGCAGCCAAAAUCCAAGAUGAUUCUGCACAAGAUUUGGCUCAGAGAGAGGAAAUUUGUUAUAAGUUUUACUGCAUUCCUUGUAAGAUCAAAUUCAGUUCAGCAGGAACUCUAAAGGCGCACAAAGAGUUCUAUUGUCCCCAUGGAAAAGACAGUAAUGAAAGUAGUAGUGACAAAGACAGUUAUGAUAGAGACGGGGAAAGGUCAAGUCCAAAUUCCUCCGACCUUUCAACAUACCAGUGUGAAAAUUGUAAAAAUGACUUUAGUUCAGCAAGGCUGCUGAAACUUCAUAUAUGUAUGGGGGAAAUGGCACCUGCUCCGUUGUUACGUUGUCUCUACUGUGACUAUGUUACACAAACAGAAAAUCGUCUGUCAGAACACAUGAAAGUUCAUGUACCAACCAAAGCAUUCAAAUGUAAUUUAUGUGGUUACCGUGGAAACACCGCAAGAGGUAUGAGAAUGCAUGGAAAAAUGCAUGUUGAAAACGGUGAAGAGUUCACUGAUGACAAUAUGAUUGAAUUUGAGGAACCCCCGUUGGUACCCAUACAAAAGAAUGGUCUGUGUGAAAAGGGUCCCGUUGAUAUGGAAACGGAAUUGAUUAGAAUGAAAAAUGAGCCAUACAAGAGAAGGAGGUCGAGAAAGUCUUUUGAAAAAUCUGAAAAUAUGGUUCCUUUCUUGGGACAAAAUAUGCUUACGCAGAUAUGUGCGGCUUGUGGACAAACAUUCGGAAACGUUAGUGAUUUCGUUAUUCAUUUACGUAUGCAUGAAAUAGCAGCAUUAGAGGCCAUGAAAAACUUGAAAAGUUUAAGAUGUGAACAUUGUAAUGAAUAUAUUGCUGAUUCGCUAACCAGUUUACUUAUACAUAUGCAAACGAAGCACCCUGAACAAUUGCCUGGAACAAGUAAAGCUGAUCACGAUAGACAAAUGGAAAACGAAAGAUCAGUGUCACGGGACAGUCAGAUUUCUAACGGAAGGUCAAGGUCAAGCUCGGUUGAGAGUUCAAGGACAAAUAAAACUUAUUCUAGUCAUGAGAAAUUAGAUUCACCACAGAAGCUGAGAGAAUGGAAAAAUGACAUCGCUGUUAAUGGUCAUAGUAUAAAACAAGAACAAGACUUACUCGAGAUAGAUGAUAGAAAUUGGAAUUCCCAAGAUGGAAAUAAUGAGAACAUACCUAGUGCAUAUAGAUCUAAGGAUGAAAAUGAUCUGACUGAUAUUCCAAAAUCUCAGAAUUCCCAACAUGCAUUAAAAGAUUUAAGAUCUGGAGACGAUAACAUAUCAGUAGAGACUGGUUCCCCCUCAUCUCAAAGGUUAUCACAAUCAUUUCCCAAGGAACCAGUCAGAUCUCCACAAAGUUCUUCUCCACCAUCGCAUCAUGUGAAAUCAGAACCAAAAUCACCCUCAUCUGACAGAGAGCUGUCAAAGUCUGUGUCGCCACCAAAGGUCACCACUUCACCCAAAAGUCAUGAAAAACUGUCUCCAAAACUUAUGUCUCCUGAUCCAAAAACAAGAUAUUUGUUAAGCCAAAAUGCUUUUAAUAUAAAAAGAGAGCAAACUACUCCCCCAAGAUCAGAAACUCCCAAAAAGUCACCUCCACCCCUAAGCCCUCGUACCCCUGUCCUUUCCCCAAAACUAAUGGUCCCUCUAGGUGCUCAUUCGCCAAAGCUUUCAAAUAUUCCGGUACUGUAUCCACAGGCACUACUUUCACCGUACCAUUUUCCUCAAGGCCUGCCCAUUUCAUUUAUUCCAACGCAAGGUAUUCAGACGAGUCCCCCUAUACAGUCUAGUGCUAGUGAGAAAAUCGGGCGAAAAUAUUGCAAACAUUGUGAUAUCAACUUUACAUACCUGUCAUCAUUCCUUACACAUAAAAAAUAUUAUUGUAGUGCUCGAACUGCGGCCGAGGACUCUGAAGGUCCGACCGCAACAGCUUAGCGUUGCCAUGUUUUUUUUCUUCGUUAAAUUGUUGUCAUAGAUUCCAUUAUUGUUUUACACUUUAUAAUUACACAUGUUUUUUUUUAUUACUUUUUUUUGUUAAUCAACAAUUUAUUUUUCAAAUAUUGUAUCAAUUGUUCAUUUUUUUUCCUCAUCAUCUAUGGGAUUUUUUUUCUACAAGUUAUUUUACCAGGGCAUUCUUGUGUCAAGGGUGUUAUAUUCAUGAUUUUUUAAACUAAUUUAUAUAACUUAUAAAUGUUUCUAUAUUUAAAAAACUGAGUUGAAGCUGAUGAAUAUUAGUCAAUAAAACGUAUAAAAAAUAUAUUUUAAAUAAUUCAGAUUUCAUAAUAGGAAAAAUAAUUAAAUAUAGUUUGUAAUACAUUCAUUUAGCUAGAUGAUAUUAGUAAUUAUGUUUACGCAAAUCAAGACAAAUCAAGUCCAAUUAUUUGUACUGUAGCCCUGCUAUUGUUGUCUUAAAUUCAUAUUAUUUAUAUAUUUAUAUAUUUCAUUAAUUUCAAAACAGUGUGAAAAAUGUCAGGGAAGGGAGAUAAUCAAGAUUAUCACGAUUUUUGAUAGCCGUAUAUUUUGCGCUGUUCCUCAUUUUCAACAACCUCAGCUUUUAUUUAUGAAAUGAAACAAUUAAAAUUGGGUAUUUAUGUUUUUAACAAUAUUGAAUUUCAUAUUAUCUCUAUUAAAUGUAAAACAUAGCUUGAUUUUAUUAUUUUUAGAAAAUAAGGAAUUGGGUCAUGUAUAUGUGAUUUCAAUAUUGUUUUCUUUUCCGCUUACAAUUUUACAUUAUUGAUUUGUCAUGGUAAUUCCUUGUGUUCACACCUAGCUUCUAAUUUAAGAACAGUCAAGCUGAGAUAACUCUUGAUUAUUAAAUCAAUUAAGUUGAUAAGAGUUAUCUUUUACAUGUGCCAUAUCAAUUGUUCAUAAAGUGUGAUAGUAAAGUUUUAGGAUUUUUUUCUCUAUACAAAAAUGGAAUAAUAGAAAUUAAUACAUUUUUUAAGUUGUUUUUUUUGUUUGUUUUUUUUUUGUGGGGGGGGGGGGAUUUUUUUAUUGAAUUAAUUCAGAUACUAAUGUUGAUGGAAAGUUUUGUAUGACAAUUUUUACAAACAUUCUUGUCACAUUAUUUCCUCGUUGAAUAAUUUAAACAUUUUAUAAAUUCAAAAAUCAUGCAGUCUUAUUUCGAAACUUCUUUUUUUUUGCAAAUACAUUCAUUUGUGUUUAUUUCACAACAAGUUUAUAAAUGUUAACAACUCAUGUUGUUUAUUGUUUUGAAGUGUGCUACAAGUAUGUGCUAGUGUUCAUAUUAUUAAAUGUGAAUUAAUAAAGUGAAUCAUUUUUUUUAAAUCUGACCAAUCAAAAUAUUUGAAACUUUCUUGGCAAUUGUUAGUAUUCAAACCAGACACCUAAAACCAGAACUGGCCGUUGUCAUGAGAAAUCUUCACUUAACGUCAAACGACAGGUUUACUUUAAAAAAGAUAAAGAUAUUCAGUAUACUACUUAUUGAAAUAUUUUGAAUAAAAACUACGGAAAUCCUAUUUUAGAUAAAAACUAUGGAAAUCCUAUUAUAGAUAAAAACUACGGAAAUCCUAUUUUAGAUAAAACCUACGGAAAUCCUAUUAUAGAUAAAACCUACGGAAAUCCUAUUUUAGAUAAAAACUAUGGAAUAGAUAAAAACUAUGAAUAUCUUAUUUAAGAUAAAAACUACGGAAAUCCUAUUUUAGAAAAAAGCUAUGGAAAUCCUAUUUUAGAUAAAAACUACGGAAAUCCUAUUUUAGAUAAACACUACGGAAAUCCUAUAAAAACUAUGGCAAUCCUAUUUUAGAUAUAAACUAAGGAUCCUAUUUUAGAUAAAAACUACUGAAAUCCUACUUUAGAUAAAAACUAUGGAAAUCCUAUUUUAGAUAAAAAUAUGGAAAUCCUAUUGUCUUAACUUACUCACAUUUACAUGUAUUUCCAACACUGAUGCAAUUUUUUUUUAUUUUUAACGUCUAAGACAAUGUAAAUGUCAUUUGACAUCGGUUAUUAAAAUAGGGUUAAGGGUCGUAUUCUCGUGCCAGCGGUCAUUUUAUAAUUACAAUGUUUGGUUUUCUUAUUCAUAUCUUUCAAAUAUAUCUGCAUGAUUCUUUCAUGAAAACUGUGCUUGUUACUAUUUGGGUUGAUCAGACUGUGGGUAUAGUUUAGUAAGUGUACUCUAUAUCUAGAAACCUGUAUUUCCAGUCACUUUUGUUUUCUGUGCUUUCUAGUCCUCUGUGCAAUUUCUUUACUGUUUUUCUUGUUUCGUGAAAAAAAAGUUUCUUAUUGUUUGUUUUCGAGAAUAUUUACUUGAAGUUCUGUAGAAAUUUAUCCUCGAGAGUUAAAUGAUUUGUUAAAUGUAGUUAAGGAGUUGUUUUUAAUUGAAAUUUUACUACUUCCAGAGCUGUUAGUGUAAAGAAUAUAACAAAUUUAAAAGAAAAGAAUAUGUUUUGUCUAAACGUAGACUCCUGUAGUUCAUAGAAUACAGGACAAUUGUAAAAUUAUAUUAAUUUAUUAUGAGUUAAGUCAUGUUGAAUGUUGCUAUCUAGCCAUUCUAAUUAAGCCAAGCUUGGUAUCGCAUCAUUGAUGGAUGUUCUGGUCUGACCUACUACAUAAAUUUUAUAGUGAUAUAUUAGAAAUUGAAACUCUUUGGGCACAAAUCACAAUACCUAUUCUCCCGAAUGACAAUAACUAUUUGCUCGUGCUACUAGUGUUGUGCUUGGCCGGAUUCUGUAUUGCCAUAAUGUAUUAUUAUAAGGCCAUACAACAUGUACUUUGCCAUAGUCCGUUAUAAAACUGUUGUAUUGAACGUCAUGUCUCUUGAAUAACUAAACGACAGUUUCAAAUUCAAGGCACGUCAGUCAUUCAAAUCAUUUUAGUUCAGUGUAUUAUUUUUCCUGCUAUAGGUAGAAAUUUCAAGUGCAUCAAAUUAUUAUCUCAUUUCUUAGUCACGUUUUUUUUUCAUUUAUAAGUCACGAUUUUUCACUUCUUCACGAUAAUCUCCCUCUCUUCAUGUACACGACCAAAAUUUAAACGAUACAGUCACGUAAUUAUGUUGUCUAUUGAAAUUUGAUUGUUCUGAUUUUCUUAAUAAAACAGA